AUGCUGGUGGAGGCUGGAUGUUGGAAGAUUCGUCAAAGGCUAUUCUCAGUAUGUGUUAUCAAUUCUCUGUGGCAACCUGGAAGCGAAGGAUGGCCUUUGAAGCAUUUUAUACGAAAGAAGGAGCUUGUAAACAAAGCCAAAGUAAAUGCUGAGAGGGUUUCAAAGCAAUUUUAUGGAUUUAUCUGUACAGAGGUUGACAUCUUAUCACAUGAACAGAGUACCUUGUUUGAGCUGAAUCAGUAUUUUAGAUCUUCCCAGAAUAAUGGAAGUGUUAGAGGUGAAAUCUUAUCUGCUCGAAAAAUCAUUGAUGCUCACCUUCAUUUAAUAAGUAUCUUGGAGGAUAGGGGGAAAUCUGAUUUAUAUACCUAUCUGACAACACAUUCAGAAGAAAGAAUAUCCAGUAACCAGUUCUCCAUUGAAACUUUGGUUCACUUUUGGAAGUUUUGGAACUUCUGGAAGGAUGAGAUUGUGAAUAUAUUAGAAUAUCUCGGUGGAGCUAUUAAGAAAUAUGUGGAUUAUAAAGAGUUCUGUUUGAAUUACUUGGGUGUGCUGAAGCAGCCCAAUAAGCGAACUCCUCUUUACCUUGUGCUCUACCCUGAGGCAGAUUGGGUAAGAAAAACCAAUGACAGAUUUUUGCAUAGAAAUGGAAAAUUGGUCUUCAUUGAUGCUAGUCAGUUUGUCUCUGCUGCCAGGAGUUAUUGGUGUGCAGAAUUACUUUCUGUAGGCAUAAAGAUUUUGGAAAAUCUUGAAAACUUGUAUCAGUUCUGUACCAGGAAUUCCUUUCCUGUGUUUUGCCAAAGCAUUCCUCUUAUUUAUAUAUUUGAUGCGACUAAGUUUCUUAUGAAGACAGGGUCACUGCACUGCUGGCAUCCUCAUGCCAAGACACUCCAAAUGUUUCUCAAAAAAUCAAGUGAGCGCUUCUUUGGCUACAUAUAUCCCCUUGACUGGCGAAAAUCAUCUACUGAGGAUAUGGUGUCUCUCAGAGAAAAUAAGCUUGCUGGGAAUUUACUUAGAGAAGUUAUUCUUAAAAACAUCAGCUUGAAGGGAAACCUCACAUAUGGUCGAAUUGGGAGGGCAGUGAUGAUUAUGCUUGGGUCAUGUAAGCUAACUGACAAAUUUGCGGAAAGCUUUAAUAAGGAUUCACCAUGGAAAGACUUUAUUAAGAGACUUUGUGUUACUAAGAGAUCAGAAUUGUCUUCAAAGAGUUCUGCUGCUGCUCAGGAAGAACUUUCAUUGAUUUUGAAGCUCCGUGAAGCACUGGAAGACACUUACAAUGCCAACUGGCGAAAAGAAAUUGAUUUUGUGUCACCAGUUUGUUUCUUGUAUCUUGUGGAACACCUAUUGUUUUUAGUGUCAUAUUGCCAGGGAUACGUCUUCACAACUAAAGCUUUGGUGGUUGAAUGGCUUAUUUUCCAGCAGUGGAACACCACUCCGAGUGCCAGUUCACUGACGGAUGUGUGUGCAUCUGAGAAGACUGAGAUAUUGGGGGACACUUACAGUUUCAUGGUCUCCAUCGUUCAUGAGCUACUUUGUGAUGAGGAGGGAACAGUGGAAUGGCUUGAAAAAUCUAAUACAGAUUUGAAGGACUAUCCAGUGCUGGUGUUAAGACUAGUUGUGAUAAUGUGUUUAAUUUGUGUGAACUCGGGAAAGCAUUUUGAUUUACUGUUUGAUUUGCUCGGUAGGAACUGCAUUAUUUCACAUCUACCAAAGCAGUUCUAUGAUGCCUUUCUUGGUAGACAGAAACGCAGUUUUGUUGAAGUACUUGCAGAAGCUCUAAAGCAGAUCGAGAGUGUGCUUGUGAUAGUGAGUUGGGGAAAUAAUCAUUUUCACUUCUCUCCUGAUGCAAUUCUUUUGGAUGAUGUGGUUAACCAAAACAAAGAGGGCAUACUGCGUGUAUUGUUUCCGAAAAAUGUUUCAAGCCGUGGACAGCAAUCAUUUGUCUAUAGUGAUUGUGGGAAAGCGUCUGAGCCUGAUUCUUCAAACUCAUCCACUGCAGACCAGAACAUGAAGGCGAGGAAUGAAGCUGAAGGAAAGGAUCUGCAAGAGAAUUAUGAACGCUUCUGUGAAAUAUUUAAUGCUCUGAAGCCAUUAGAGAAUGCAAAGGAUGCGGGCAUGGAAAAAUGCAAUUUAAAUAACCCAAGGGUGCAGGUCUUGGUGGAGAAAAGUAUCAACCUCAUAGUUGCUGUCAUGACCCAAUACUUUCACAUGAUCCCUUGUGACAGUGAAGAUGAAAACAUGGCUGGGGAACCAAACAGGGUCCACUGCGAAGAUGGGAAUCUUCUUUGGCAUGCAAACAGAAUGGUUGAUGGCUUUAAGCAGCUUUCUUAUGUUCUGAAUUGGAGUCCAGUUUUCAGUGGGGAGAAUCUUGAGAAAAACAUGUCAAAUAUUCAACUACUUUUGAAGCAGUUGCAGUCAGGAAAGGCGAGGGUAGAGCCUUUCAUGAGACAGAUAUGCUUGAAGAAUGCUGCAGCUGCUUGGUCCAGGACUACUGAAGAUAAAAACGGAUGAUGCUAUGCUGAAGAAAUCACAGCUAUGAAUAAUGGCCCAACAAGAGAAGUGAAAAAAAAUCUGGGAAAAAUGUAGUCGAAAAUUUUCUGUCUUCUUCAAUCUGCAUUUUCUAUUUAGUGUUGAAGAAAUAGCUUAUGACUCUUCAAUGCCUUUUCCCAUUCCAAA